UCAGCCACACAUCUCCAGACGGAGCUCAGACCGGUGCGCGGCUCUUCCAUUAACCAGCAGCGAUGCCUCACUCCUUGUUCCCCAUGUGCGUCCUGGCACUGCUCGCCCUCUCCUCCGCCUGCUACAUCCAGAACUGCCCCCGAGGAGGGAAGCGUGCUCUGGCGGAGUCUGGCAACAGACAGUGCAUGUCUUGUGGCCCCGGAGACAGGGGCCGCUGCUUCGGCCCCAGCAUCUGCUGCGGGGAGGGCCUGGGUUGCCUGCUGGGGUCCCCGGAGACAGCUCACUGUGUGGAGGAGAACUACCUGCUGACCCCCUGCCAGGCGGGAGGGAGACUCUGUGGAUCUGAGGGAGGACGCUGCGCUGCUUCAGGACUCUGCUGUGACUCAGAGAGCUGUGCGGUGGACCCUGACUGCCUGGGGGACACCGAGGCCCCAGAUCCGGCCCACGGCUCUUCAUUUAGCUCACCUGCAGAACUUCUGCUGCGCCUGCUGCAUGUGGCUGCCAGAGGACAGCCUGAGUACUGACACUCCGGGCCAUGAAGGGAAACACAAUGAAGAUCAUCACUGUUCCACUACAAGCCUUGAGAUGUAAACCAUGAACCAAUAAAAUGCCAAGUCAAACUUUGUUCUCUCUUAACCCCUUCUGCUGUCCUGUAUCUGUAGAGAGGGCCAUAGAAGAACUACCUGUAACUUUAGUAAUCAGUCAGUUUUCAUCCAGAUCCUGUGGAAGAGGAAUCAUGAUAUUGCAUUGUUUGUUCCAACCUUAGAAAUGUAUAUACUGAUGCACAUACUGUAAACAAAUUGUAUUCUAUAUAAGAGGAUGUAACACACCUCAGAGCUCCAUUUUAAAUAAGUGAAUUACAGCAGAAAAACCCUGUAUAUAAGUUAGAGAUCUGACAUUUAAGACAUCCAUGUAAAACAACUUAAGCAGUUACUUAUUGUGUGGUAGAAAUAUUAUUGUAAAUUGAAAAUAAGAGAGACAAUACAGAAUAUAU